CUAUAUUUUGGGCAGAUUCAUUUUACACUCCACAAACAAAACAAACCAAAAGCAAAACAGAAAAAACGAAAACAGCGAGCGAUAAAGAAGAACACAGAGAAGAGAAAGAGGACAAGGAAGACGACCUCGUUACCAUCGUCGAUCCCUCGCAUCCGCUCCUUUAACAAGCCAGAAAGAUGUCUCCAGCAUCAAAAUCCAAGUCCAAAUCCAAGAGCAAGCCCUCUGCAGGGGCUGCAAAGGAACAACAGAAGACUUCUUCCAAGCCUUCCGGUUCUGCUAACACUGGGGGUGGCAGUCCAGCAAGUGCUUACAAUCCAGUCUCUGGAACAUUCCAUACACUAGAAACAUCAUCAGUUGCCCCUUUGCCACCUUUACAUGACAGUGGUCGUUUCCGUAAUAUAGAUGAUACAGAUGAGCAUUCUAGCAGCCCUCAUGGAACAGUAUCCGAGUAUGACUCAGUUUCCAACAAUGGCAGUUGCUCUGGUGAGUCUGAAGACCCAAAGGAGAAGAUAGCUCAUUCUACUCUGCGGCAGGAGGUAGUACCUGGUUCUGACAAUGACAGGCGAGAGAAGAUUCGUCUGAAAAAUGAGCGGAAGCACCAGCGGCAGAGAGAGAAGCGGGCACAAGAGUUGCAUGAUCGUUGCAGUGGCUAUCUCAUGUCAAGGAAGCUGGAAGUACUUUCUCAGCAGCUAGUGGCAAUGGGGUUCUCUUUUGAAAGGGCAACAUUGGCGCUGAUGAUGAAUGAGGGCAAGGUAGAGGAAUCGGUUGCCUGGCUUUUUGAUGGAAAUGAAGAAGAAGCUCACCAGAAAGAUGUUACUGAACUUGGAAGUGGGGCCAAUCUGAAAAUUGAUAUUAGUGAAGAGCUGGCUCGGAUUUCAGCGUUGGAGGUGAGAUACAAAUGCUCCAUGCAAGAGGUUGAACGAGCUGUUGUUGCCUGUGAAGGUGAUCUUGACAAGGCAGAAGAUAUGUUAAGAGCACAGAAGCAGGAACAACCUUCUACUCCAUCAAAGCCAGAAGAAACUACUGGGACCAAGCACCUGAUGAGGGCACAAGAAAUUCCUGCAGCUUCAGCUACAAUACAGCAAAGAAGAAAUGAAAGGGAUUUUAACUACCCCAAGACAACGGCAGCAGUGCCAACAUUUCCAGAACCUGGAAAUAGAAAUCUACAGCUUUUAAAGGCGAAUCAACUGAAGGCACUGGCAGAGAAGAGGUGGGCUGCUACCGGAUCAAACCCUUCUGCUUCAUUGAAUUUGGCACCACCUAUGCAGGUAGCACCUCUAUCAGAAAAGGUGGAGGCGCGGCUUGGUGUUGUUGGAAACGAAGGAAGAAUAUUACAGCAAGGAGCAGUGAGGGAGCCAGUAGUUGUGAUGCAGCGUCCCCAAACCUUAAAUGCCAAGCAAAACCAUGUUUCUAGCGUAAGUUCUUCACCUGCAGGAACAGUUCCAUGGUAUAUAAGUAGUGUUCCAGCCGUUGAAAACAUAAGGUCAAAUGGGAAGAUCAUACAAAACCAGACGGUAGGCAGCCUUGGUCGGGAAAAUCAGAGCUCGGAGCAGUUCUACCAUCAGGCUCCUUAUAAAGAAUUUCCUUUCAUGUUCAGGCCAGUGGAUCCCACAUCAGCUGGUCUGGGAGGUUCAUGGAGCACAAGGGGUGCAUCUUCGCCGUCACUUAUGGUUCCUUCUGAGCCUCAGGGUUCAUGGAGCACAAUGGGCGGAUCCUCGCAUUCACUUACAGCUCCAUCCUCUCUUGGGCUGUUUCCGGCACAGGGUUCGGCAGGAACAUUUGGCUCAUCUUCACAUGUGGAUUGGAACACAGGUGGGUUGAUGCCUGACUGUGACUAUACCAGUAUAAAUUGGGCUGUGAAUUACCCAUCAGAUUCCAAAUCAUCAAGUGGGUUGUUGCUGGGGCUCUCUUCCUUUUGGAGGAACGGCUCAGGCAUGAGGCUGGGCAAUCCAAAUGGGAACUUCAUAUCAGGGUUGCAGGAUGGCGGGGUGGCUACAGAAUCAUCAUCUUCCGCACCCGUUUCGCGCGAGUGGACAUCCCCCUUUGCAGGCAAGGACAUCUUCAGUGUGCCCAGGCAAUUUGUUAUUUCUCCAUCUCCUUAGGACUUUGGAGCAAAAGGAGAAAAGAUAGACAGACAAUGUUGUGUUGAUGGUUGUUUCUUGUUUGCCAAUGAAAAUGCAUUUAGUAGUUUCUGCCUUAUAA